UGGCUGGCGAAGGAGAUAGACUUAAAUGGUCAGAGGGCCAAAGUUGCCUUGCUGGCUGUGGACAAGGCUAUUUAUGCUCUCAAUGCCCACAACAAACUCACCCCCAAACAGGUAUUCUCGUCCAUGCAGUCCUAUGACCUCGGUUGCUCAUACGGUGGCGGCUCAGAUACAGCCUCUGUGUUGAAUGACGCUGGCUUGUCAUUCAUCUCCAACUCUCAUGUGCUAUCUAGGAUGAGGAAGGGGUUUAACUGUGAGUCAGGCUUCAGACGACAGAGGCGUUCCCUGGACCUCCAGGAGCAGAUGGUGUCCAUAAAAUCCAGGUACUCAGACGCCAAGCUGCAGGAGUGUUGUUCUCAUGGCUUGUCCCAGAUCCCCAUGCUGAGGACGUGUCAGCAGAGAGCCGAGAGAGUGGCACGAGCCAAUAAGGACCAUGUCUGUGUCAAGGCCUUCCUGGACUGCUGCAUAGAGGGAGAGAAGUUGAGGGAGAAGAAGAAACGAGACGACGCCCAGAGAGGACAUGGCAGGACUGCGACUGCCACAGACAUCGAAGACUUCUUUGACACAACCAAUCAGCAAAUACGCAGAAGUUUCCCCCCAAGCUUUGCAUUCACAGUGGUCGAUAUAAACGGCAAAGGAAGUCAUACUGUGGCUCUGCCUGAUUCCAUCACCACCUGGGAGAUACAGGCUGUCAGCUUGUCUGCUUCUCAUGGCAUCUGUGUGGCAGAACCACAUGAGUUCCGUGUGUUUAAGAAUGUUUUUGUCUCUCUGAGGCUGCCGUACUCAGUCAAAAGAUUUGAGCAGAUGUCUAUUGCUCCUGUUGUCUACAACUAUUGGGACCAGGCUGCACAGAUUGCACUCCACAUGGAGAGAAAUGACAAGCUCUGUUCACCAGGCUCCAAUUCCAUCAAAACCUAUGUCAACAUCACCGUGGAGGCCCACUCCUCCAAAGCCGUCACAUUCUCUGCAGUACCCAUGGAAACCGGCCCCAUACCCAUCAAAAUACGCCUUUAUGACAUAGAGAAUGAGGACAGCAGUGAUGCUAUUGAAAAGAUUCUGAAUGUUAGAACGGAGGGAAUAGAGAAGAGAGUGGAGGAAACUCAUUUUGUUGACCUGAAUGGUAAUAUUGGGAAGAGUCGCAAAUCUUUCACGAUUGAUGGAAAGUUACCAGACAACACAGUCCCUGGCUCCAGCACCAAUAUCUUCGUCAAGAUGGAAGGGGAGCUGUUUGGCAAAUCCACUUCCACGACCCUGCUCUCUCCCGAUGGGGUUAGAAGCUUGCUCAAUGCUCCUCAUGGAUGUGCAGAGCAGACAAUGAAACGUAUGGCCCCCACAGCCCUGGCCCUCCGCUAUCUGGACCUUAGCCAGCGCUGGUAUGAGCUGCCCGCUGGCACCAAAGACACGGCCCUCCAGUUCACAGAGCAAGGCUAUAUGAGAAUUUUGACAUUUAAAAAGGGUGAUGGAUCGUAUGGAGCUUGGACGCACCAUCCCACCAGUUACUGGCUGACGGGCCUUGUUGUGAAAGUGAUGUCUCUGGUGGCAGAACGUCAGAAUGCAGGCGGUGGAGAGAAGGGGAGAUGGGCACAGGGUGUGUCUGAGCAGCAUAUCAUUGAUUCAGUCAGAUACCUCCUGGUUAAACAGAAGGAGGAUGGAUCAUUCUCGGACCCUAACCCAGUCAUACACCGGGAAAUGCAGGGAGGCAUUGGAGGGAUAGAGGGAGAUGUCUCCAUGACUGCUUUCAUAACUGUGGCUCUAAAUCACUCCCUCCCUUUUCUGACAGACAACAAGGAGCGUAGCGAUACGAAAGCCAUUAUCUCCAAAGCCACCGACUACCUGCUCUCACGUGUUGAGGGGCUACAGAGGCCCUACGCUGUGGCCAUAACAGCCUACUGUCUGUCAGUCUGUCUGUCUGAUCGGAAACAGGCUGAGCCUGCCUGGGAAAAACUCAAAGGACUGGCAACUGAAGGGGAAGACCAUUGCCGUGGGUGGUAUGCUAACGCUGGCAUGGUGAAUGAGGAAAAGAAACAUUAUGUACCGACAACAGAGGCCAUAACAGUAGAGACUACAGCCUAUGCCCUGUUAACUGCAGUGGCUCAUAAGGACGCAGAGUGGGCAGACUCUGCAGCCUGCUGGCUGACUUCACAGGAGAACUAUGGAGGAGGUUUCAAGUCCACACAGGAUACUAUAGUGGCUUUGGAGGCUCUCUCUGAGUAUGCACUGAGCAGGCCCCAACCUCCCAUCACAGAAGUGGAGGUACAGUUCACUAUUCCAGGGAAGAGCGACAUUCAGAAGCUGUCAUUGGACAACAAGGGGGAUAAAGUAGAAACGGAGCUGAAGAGACUGAUUGGUAAUCCUAUCAUUAACGUAGCCCUAACGGGACAGGGAAAAGCCAAGAUGAAGGUUACGAAAGCUUACCAUCUACUGGACACCUCAGACGACUGUAACCUUCUGUCAAUCACAGUCAAAGUAGAGGGGAGGGUAAAGUACACUGCCCAGAUUGUUGAAGACUACAAUGACUAUGAGGGUGACUAUGGAGACGGAGAGAAAAGGGAGGAAGAGGAUGCCCGAUCAGCGAUUGAGUGGUUUGACGCUCGCAGCAGACACAGAAGAGAUACUCAGCAAAGCCGGAAUUCUGAAAACGAUGUUGAAUACGAAGUCUGUGUGAGUCAUAGUCUGACCAGGAAUCUCACAGGAAUGUCCAUAGCCGACAUCACACUGCUCAGUGGCUUUGAGGCACAGACAGACGACCUGGACAAGCUAAAGAACCCUGAUGAACAAUACAUCUCUCACUACGAGGUCUCACAUGGCAAAGUGCUGUUGUACUUUAAUGAGAUUGAGGAAAGGGAGUGUGUAACGUUUAGGGCUGUGCAGACAGUAACUAUAGGUUUACUGCAGCCUGCUCCGGCCACAUUCUAUGACUACUAUGAACCAGACAGAAAGUGUACUACUUUCUAUGCUGCACCAAAAAGAAGCAAGAUGGUUUCAACAUUGUGUUCAGGGGAUGUGUGCCAGUGUUCAGAGAGGCCCUGCCACAAAGAGAAGGACACUUUUGGACCACUGAAGCUAGAGAAGAAAGAUCGUUUUGAACAUGCUUGCUAUUCCCCCACUGUGGAUUACGGUUUCAUUGUCCAAGUCAUCAGUAUGUCUGUGAAGAGUAACUUUGAACUCUACACAACUAAUGUGACUCAGGUACUCCGAGCCACCGGAGAUGUGAAGCUGGAGGAGAGCAAAGUGCGAGUGUUCGCCAAGAGGCUCCAGUGUAAAGGACAGCUAGAGACAGGGAAGACAUACCUCAUCAUGGGCAAAGAUGGCUCCACCACCGACUCGAAUGGCCAGAUGCAAUACCUUUUGGAAUCAAAUACCUGGAUUGAACAAGUGCCUAAUGAGAGAAAGUGCCAAGGAUCAAAGAACAGACCUACAUGCAAAAAAUUUAAAGACUUUGUAUCUGAGUACAUGUUGAAUGGCUGCACCCAGUAACUGGGUUACUGACACGUUAACAUGCAUCCUCAACACAUCAUCUAGAAAAUUACAUGUUUUAUCUAGUCAUGUCAUUUAAAGACUUUGUAUCUGAGUACAUGUUGAAUGGCUGCACCCAGUAACUGGGUUACUGACACGUUAACAUGCAUCCUCAACACAUCAUCUAGAAAAUUACAUGUUUUUAUCCAGUCAUGUAAUUCAGUGUUUGUAACAUCCACUUUCAAUACUUAUCAAGAUCAAUAAAAUGGCAUUUUAACCACAA